AUGGACGUAAAAGAUGAAGUUCGACCACGGGAUCCAAACACGAUCAACAAGAACCCACGAUCCCAUUAUAGACUUCCCAUCUCUUCUGUAGCUCUUCUAGUGACAGUAUCAGCAGUUCUUGGGACAGGAGUCCUCAACCAAUUCCUCCCCGUGCAAUUUCCACCCAUCUUCAAUACCUGGAAUGAUAUCUCAUCCACCAACACCAACUCAUCAACAUCCCACGACAACCUCCUCAACGACACCACCCCCUUCACCACCUUCACCCCCCUCACAACCUGCACCCCAAACCACACCUACACCACCACCAUAAUCUCAACCUCCCCCCUCGUAAUCUACAUAACCUCCUUCCUAACCCCCCUCGAAUCCACCUCCCUCAUCCACCUCGGCGCCUCCCUCUUCACCCCCUCCCACAUCUCCACUCCCUCCGGCAAUAUCCCCGUCCACGGCCGCACCUCCACCUCCGCCGGCCUCCCUCUCACCUCGCCCCUAGUAACCUGCCUCCUCUCCCGCGCCCGCACCUUCAUGGGCCCUCUCCUCCCCCCCUCCUCCCCCUUCUCAACCCCCCAACUCGUCCGCUACCACCCCACCCAGAAAUUCGACCUCCACACCGACCACUGGCCCACCCACCAAGUCCUCCGCGCCCCAGGCGACCCCAACUCCGGCCGCCUGUACAAUCGCCCCGCAUCCUUCUUCGUGUUCCUCCGCGCGGACGCCCUCGAGGGCGGCGAGACGUGGUUCCCCGACGUGCGUCCUCUCACCAAUGCCUCCGCGUUGCGGGAGGUGUAUGGGGAUACGGUGGUGCCGGGGGAGGAUGUGGGCGUCGAGGGGGGCGUGGCGUUUAAGCCGGUUGUGGGGAAUGCGGUGUUUUGGGUUAAUGUUGAUGGGGAGGGGGUUGGGGAUGAGAGGGUUAGGCAUGCGGGGUUGCCGGUGAGGAGGGGGGAGAAGAUUGGAUUGAAUAUUUGGCCGAGGAGGUGGUUUGGGUGGGAGGAUGGGGAGGAUGGGGAGGGGGGUAGGGGGAAGGAGAGGAAGAGGGGGGUUUUGGUUUGA